AUGGUUACUACUAAAAACGAAAAACUUGCCUUUUCGGAGCACAAUAGCAGCAGCAGCAGCAAUGCUCCAAUCCAACCUACGGGGAUUAAUACCAAUAUUGGCACCGUUAACGGGAAAUCCAUUACGGCGGAACGCAUCGAAUACCCCGAAGGUUUACCCGAAGCGUAUUACCGCAAUUUUAAACCCAUCGCCGCGUUUAACCUACCUAAUUGGCAACCUACGGAGCGGGCGUUGGUCCGCCGCCGAACCAAUAUUGCCCAGGCAAAAUUUAACAUAUUCGACGAGGAUUUCGGUCUACGCGACGACGAUUAUAAUAUAAUCGCCGUAUUUACUAUCGGUUAUAUAUUGUUCCAACUACCUUCCAAUAUAUUGCUAACCCGGGUCCGGCCGGGGUUUUAUUUGCCAUUUACGGCUAUUAUCUGGUCUGCCGUAUCCGUUACCAUUACCGGGGCUUUAUCCGGCGUGCUCGCCGCCGGCAUAUUUUCGGGUACGGAAGGCGUGGCCGGCCUGGCAGGCUGGCAAUGGUUAUUUAUUAUCGAAUCGCUUAUAAGCACCGUAUGCGGCGUUUUUGCCUUUUGGACGCUGCCCGACUACCCGCACUCCGACACGGGCAACCAGCGCCGCUUCAUAACCGAGGAUAUAAAACGCCUUACCGAGGCCAGGUUUGUCGUCGAUCGCGUAACGGGCUCUACGGGCACGGGCUCUACGGGCACGGGCAGGGUGGUGGAUGGCAUUAAACUCGCGGUGACAGACCUUAAGACAUGGUCUUUUGUCCUCCUCAACAUCUUCAUAACGGCCUCGUGCGGCUUCAACUUCUUCUUCCCGACGCUGGUGCGCGGGCUCGGCAUCGGUAACAGUAUCACUUCGCUGCUGCUAACGUCGGCGCCGUACCUCGUGGGCGCCUGCGCGUCCUUCUUCGCCUCGUGGAACAGCGACCGCGUCCGCGAGCGCGGUUACCACAUCUGCUGCGGCCUAUUGGCGGCGGCGGCGGGCUACAUCGUAACCGUUUCGACCGAUAAUAUGCCGGCGCGGUACGCGGCGUCGUUCCUGUUCGCGCCGGGCUCCUUCUCGGCCAACGCGCUGGUGUACACGUGGGCCGUAUCAACGCUGGGCGCGACGCCCGAAAAGAGGGCCGCCGCCGGCGCCAUCGUUAACAUUUUUAGCCAUUUCGGCAACGUGGUAUCGCCCUACUUCUUCAGGAACGAGGAGCUGCCCGUUUACAGGAGCGCCUUCGUCCUCAUGCCGGUAUUUGGGGCCGCAGCCUUUGGGAUCGCCUUCGGCAGCAAAAUGUUCCUCAGGUACCAUAACAAAAAGCUCAGGAAGAGGUCCGACGAGACGGGCGAGGUCUACAACCCCUAUAUCCACUAA